AUGGGGAACCUGUGGAUCACCGGAACUUCACUGGCGCUGCUGUGGUGGCUGUGCUGCUGCCUGUCAGGUGCUUUUGCGACAACAGGAUCUGAGAGAAGCACCUGUCAGGACAACCAUGACAGCUGUAGUUACUGGGCCGGCAUCGGCGAGUGUCAGAACAACCCCGACUACAUGCUCGUCAACUGCCGAGACAGCUGCGACAUCUGCCACCUGGACUGUGAGACGACGGGUUACGUCCAGUUUAACGGUCUUUGCUACCAGAGCUUUCCGCAGCAGAAGACGCGCGACGGCGCUAAUCAGACCUGUGCGGCAGACGGGGGGAUUUUAGCCAUGCCGAAGGACAGUGCCACCAAUACGUUUCUCGCUAAUCUACCACACGUAGUACCAGGUCGCUGGUUUGGGCUGACGCUAUUGCGUGACGGCCAGUGGGUAUUUGAGGACGGCCAGAACCUGACAUCAUCCGGCUAUGCCAACUGGCUCCCCGGUGAACCGUACGUAGCUAACGGUCCCGGCGGCUGUGUGGGAUUUUGGGGAGCUGGAUCCUCCUGGGAUGAAAAAGACUGCAACGUGCUGAGGGGAUUCAUCUGCCAGCUGAAUGAAGUCUGUGACGAUGGCGCCCUGUCUCACCCGGCCACUCGAUGUGACGGCAGAGACGACUGUGGAGACAACAGUGAUGAGAAGGACUGUGGAAUGUGUGCAAACGGAGCCGUCAUUUACAAGGACCAAGUGUGUGAUGGUAGAGACGACUGCGGAGACAAUACAGACGAACAACACUGCUGUGAGAAACAAGGCCGAGGUGAGAAAAGCUGCGCCAAUGGACAAUGCAUCUCUCGGUGCUGGCGAUGUAGACCCCCGAUCCCGUCUGUGACCCGCAAAAUGGACUGUUCGGACGGCAGUGACGAGCUGUAUUGUCCCCCUUCAGCCUGCGACAAUGGCGCCCUGUUCCACCCGUUUGCUCGAUGUGACGGCAGAGAUGACUGCGGAGACAACAGUGAUGAGAAGAACUGUGACUGUUACUACAUCCAGGACAAAGGGACAAGCUACAGGGGCCGUGCAAACCGGGGCCACUCCUGUCAGCACUGGACAUCUCAGUACCCCCACGCCCAUAAUCACACUCCCGAGGCCUACCCGUCGGCAGGGCUGGAGCGGAACUACUGCCGGAACCCGGACGGGAAGGACAGGCCGUGGUGCUACACCAACAACACUCUCGUCAGGUGGAGCUACUGCGACGGCAUCGUCGCCUGUGACGCCGUUCCAACAACUUGCUUCUUCACUUACGAUAAGGGAAGGAGCUACGCAGGGGACAUAAAUAGGGCAGGAGACCGGCUGUGUCAGAGAUGGGACUCCCAGUCCCCCCACAUCCAUCCCCACACACCGCAGGCUCAUCCUGAUGCGGGGCUGGAGGAGAACUUCUGCCGUAACCCUGACAACAAGGAGCGGCCCUGGUGCUACACCACGGAUGCGACGCAGAGGUGGGACUACUGCAACGUGACGGAAUGUGCUGACCCCACGGAUGUUAGGUGUGAUUCAUCCUGUAAAUGUGAUAGGCCUAGAACCAAUUGUUACUGUGACCAAGACUGCACCUUUUUCGGCGACUGCUGCAAAGACAUUGGAGAAGUGUGCGACAUGAACGGGACAGCUCCAUCACCAUCUGAUCAUCAACAUCAGAAGUGGGAGUGUCUGCAGGGCUAUUACGAGGGAGGAUCUUAUUGGUUGGUGGCCGACUGCCCUGACGACUGGAUGGACAACGUCACAAGAGAUCAGUGUUUAAAACAGGCGGAUCCCUACAACCUAGGUGACCUGGUCUACCGGAUGCCCGUGCACGAUACCUCGUCUGUAAGCCUCGGGUCAUCGAACCAAACCUUCCCUUUACAAAACUGCAGCAGACCCAUACUGAACUUCACGUCAGAUGAGUUCCAAAUCCUUCCCAAUGGCAGCGUCCGCCUGUUGAGUUCUAACGUGUCGUGCCCGGCUGAGCAGGUGGUCAUUCUGAACACAUCAGCUUCAAUCUGUGGGGACUGCCUACUGGAGUAUUUUUCGAAGGACGCGCGCCAAGCAACCUGGGAUGCUAACAAGAGUUGGUUAACCUUGGGUCUUGUGACGGUGUCUGUCGUAGCUGUGACUGGUUUCGUGUUCCACACUUACAGGUCAGGCCAGUGGAAAAAAGUCCCGGAAAAGCUGAAAGUUCAGAUGAUGACAUGCAUGGCAGCUUCUGAAGUCCUGUUUGUGGCACGGGGGUUCAUCCCUGUCGGGCCGGUCUGUACAGCGUUUGCAGUGCUUCUGCACUACUCUUUCCUGACUGCCUUCUCAUCCAUGAACGUGCUAGCUGUAGAUCUCUUCCUUACAUUUCGUCAGGAGUCAGAAAGAGCCGAACCGUACAAGUACGUCUUGUACACCUGGCUGGUGCCGGUACCUAUAGUCCUUGCCACAGUGAUUGUGGAGUUCGGCAGUUCCGUCAGGGUGGGUUAUGGAGAGCACUGUUGGAUCGGCAAUCCAACAGCCAGUCUGGUGGCAUUUGGAAUUCCUGUUUUGUGUGCCCUUAUGAUCAAUGGUUUCUUCACCAUUUUCGCCUUGCUGGCCAUACGGAAGUCCUUUCAGAUAGCCAGCACUGCUUUGGAACGUUCGGAGAUCAGCAAGAUCUGGGUCUACAUGCGUAUCUCGUUUCUGACUGGAUUCACCUGGAUUUUCGGCUUCAUUUUUCCUUUCGCCAAUAGCGAAGUUCUCGAGUACAUCUUUAUUGUGCUGAACGCUUCUCAGGGCCUUGUGAUGACCCUGAUGCUGACAAUGACGGGAGAGGUGGUGGGGAAAUGUAAGUCUGCGAUCAUGGCUCGCCUUGGUCUGGCUGCAGCCGAGCAGGACAAUGGACGAACCGCCACUGCUAGCCACCUGCAGACCACCGGAGGGAAAACUGAGGUAACAUCGGCAGGUGGAACCGGCUCUGCUAUAGAGAUGACAAUUAUGGCCGAUGUAGAGGAGAACAGGGCACGCCAUCGUCAGGACAAGGGACGAAACGCAACCGCCAGCAACAAGCCUACCACUGCAGGGCCAGGGGAAACUGACACUGCAGGCAACUUGCAGACCCUCGCAGGUGGAGUUGGGGAGACAGCAAGCGGCACUGAAGUUGCUACUGAUGAGAUACCCAUGAAAACCUUCGUCCAUGUGGAAGAAAAUAAGGCUCGCGACAAGCGUUCGGCCUGCGCUUCAGAUCGAGAUGAAAAUGAAACUAGUUUUAAUUCUUAUCAUCUCUCAUGCCCGUAG